AUGAACGCUGCUCGUGUCAAUCUCAGCGUCGCCAUCGUGUGCAUGGUCAACGACACCGACAGCAACGCCACGACGUUGAUGUCGGAGCAUGCCGAGUUCUACUGGACCAAGGGAGAGCAGUCUGGAAUCCUCAGCGCGUAUUUCUAUGGAUACAUAAUAACACAGAUUCCUGCGGGAAUAUUGGCCAGUAAAUAUGGCGGAAAGAGAGUCAUGUUUGUCGGGCUGCUCAUUGGCUCGAUCGUCUCACUGCUUCUACCAAUCGGCGCCCGGACUUCCAUCUACCUGGUGUAUGUGCUUCGUGUGAUCCUUGGAGUGUCGCAGGGAGUCUACUUUCCGAGUCUACAAUCCAUGUGGGGCAAAUGGGCGCCGCCAUUAGAGAGGUCAAAACUCACUGCUAUCUGUUAUUCAGGACCCCAGUUUGGCAGCAUAGCAACGUUCGCUAUAUCGGGGUUCAUGUGCAUAUAUGGCUUCGACAAUGGCUGGGGAUCCAUCUUCUACGUUACAGGUGGUAUAUCGUUGUUGUGGUGUGCGCUGUGGUAUAUAACGGUCGCCAGCUCACCGGCUGAACACCCCCGUAUCACGGAGAGAGAGAGGGACUACAUUACCUCCACUAUAGGGGAAAAGAAACAGACGUUCUCGACUCCAUGGGCCGCAUUGCUGACGUCCCAGGCGAUGUGGGCGUGUCUAAUUGCACAGGUGUGUUACAACUGGAUAAUAUACACACUGUUGACCGACAUACCAACAUUCCUUAAUGAAGUGCUGGAUUUCAACAUUACCGAGAACGGCUUGCUGUCGUCCAUUCCCUAUCUGAGCCAGGCCGUAUCUGGGAUGUUGUCUGGUCAGAUGGCCGACUAUAUCCGGUCAAGGAAAUUCCUCAGCACUACGGCCACCCGGAAGAUCUUCCAGGCAAUCGCAUUCAUAGGAUCAGGUGUGUGUCUGAUCGGGACAGGGUUUGUGAAUGUGGAGAACCGCUAUGUUGCUAUUGUUUUGUUAACAAUAGGAAUGUGGUUUGCUGGCUUCGCGUAUGGUGGUUUCGUUGUCAACACUGUCGACUUCGCACCAAGAUACGCUGGAAUACUCUUCGGUAUAACUAACGCUGCUGCAACGAUCCCUGGAAUGGUGGCUCCUGUCAUAGCAGGUGCCAUGACGCCAAACAAAACCCAGGAAGAAUGGAGGAACGUCUUCUACGUGUGUGCAGGAUUCUGUGCUCUAGGAACUCUGGUGUUCAGCACCUUGGCCCGGGGAGAGCUGCAGCCCUGGGCCGUGGACAAGGUGGAGGUGGAGGAGGGCGAAGGGCAGGAUGAUGAUAGCUGUAGAAAGGAGGCAAUUACAGAUACGUCAACUCAUCUGUAG